AUGGAGACAAUUUCAACACAAUCCCUUUGUAAUUAUAUAGAAAACUUAAUCUCCAAUGUUGAAAAUAAUAAUAGGAUUUCAUUUGAAAUUCAUAUCAAUCUUAAUGAUGAUAUUUUUUCAGAAGUUGAGCCUAAUGACCUUAAAUCAAUUGUAAGAAUAAUAGUAGAUGAAGUUGAAGAGGCUAUAUUAAAACUUCGCUAUGAUAUUAUUCAUGAAAAACUUGAAGAUGUCUCAACACCAGAAGAAAUUAAACAAGAGAUCUGUACCAAUCUUUAUUUAGAUCCAAUACAAAUUCUGUUUGUGCAAGACUCAUACAAAACAGAUGAAGACCAUGUUAUUUCAGCACUUACAUUUCUUAGAUCAAAUCAUGCUCCAGACAAAGAUUUUGCUGAAAUAAAUACAGCAAAAGAACCUGAAGAAGCUGCUGCUGAGUUUAGUUUCAUUAACCCAAAGUUUAAACCAGAAUUGAAUUGUUCUGACUCUGAUUAUUACCAAGUCUGCCCAUUAGACCUACGAAAAGAUAUUAUGAAUCUCAUUAGAAAGCAUUUUAAUAUGCAUCCAAAAAUACCUAUUAAUGCAAAUAGUAAAUGUUUAACAUCUGCAGAGAUUCGAGAACAUGCAGUGCUUGAAUUAUAUAGUUUUUGUGUAGAACAUAAUCUU